CAAGAACGCAGGCAUACCUAAGGCCUCCAAGGAGCCUUGGAUGGAGAAGACGACAUCACGUCAAGCCACAGCAUGGAUGAAGAUGAGCUUGAAGCGAUGGAGGAAUUCGUAUCCGGGCCCUUGGUCACCUGGAUGCAGACGUUUGAAGAUCUGGUGGGCAGGAGCCCCAACCAACUUCCCCAGGGAGAGGAAGAGGCGAACGAAUAUUUCCGAAAACUGGUGAAUGGAGACUUCCUGCACCGAAUCAUGCAAAUGAUUGACUUAAUUCCUAGCGGCCCUCCAUCUCCUUGGAGAGGUGACAACAGGGAGGAAGAGAGGUUGCAGACGCUUCAAAUAGUCCUCCAAAGGCUGCAGAAUUUCUACAGGGACGAGCUCCACCAGGUGAUCCUUUCCCCACCUCCAAACCUCCAUGUUAUGGUCAGAGAGCCCUUCACAGCGCAGGCCGUUCAGGAGAUGAAGAAAUUGAUGCAGCUUUUGCUAGGAAGUGCCGUUCAGUGUGAACAGCGAGACGUGUUCAUUGGCCGCAUCCAGUCGCUGGACAUUGGUGUCCAAGCUGCUUUGGCUUCUGCUAUCAAAGAGGUCAGCCAGGAACCGGAAAAUGUCCUGGGGCUGCAGUGGAGUGAGAUGGACCCACCCAGCAUGCAACAGCUCCUGUGGGAUCUGGGGUCCCGAGUUCAAAAGCUGGUCGCUGAGAGAGAUGCAGGAUUGGAGCAAUUGUGGGAGCUGCAGCAGAAACAGGGACCCCCCCUGGUGGCCCAGUUGGAGACCAACCAGCCCCACCUUGGGGUUCAGCUUGCCGAACGUCAGGCCCAUGUGCGGCGUCUACAAGGCGAGCUGGAGCGGAAGGUGGAGGAGCUGCUGGACCAGCAAGAGGAAUCCAGGAAUUUGGAGCAACAACUGCGAAAGACUCAACAGGAGAACCGCACGUUGGCAAGCGAGGCGCGCCAAGCCAGGCUAUACCAGGACGAAUUGGACGCCUUGAGAGAGAAGGCAUUCUGUGCAGAGAGGCUUCAGUCGGAGCUGACGGCCCUGCGGGAAAGGAUACCAGCCUUGGAACGAUGUCGGGCGCAGCUCAAGGAGGAACGCGACUUCUCCAAGGCCCUGUUGGAGGCAAAAGCCUUGAUGGAGGAAGAACUAGAGGCCGCUUACGCCCGAGGGCAGCGCCUGAGCCAAGCCGAGAAAGAAAACCUGCGCCUGCAGAACCACUUGAAUCAGAUCCAAGAGGAACUGGAGCAGUGUUCUUACCAAUCGGAGGAACUUUUGACGGACAAUUUGCUCCUGAAGAAGCAGCUGCGAGAAACUUUGAAGAAUUCCCCCAGGGAAUCGCGGUCCGAAGACUCUUGCUGGGAUGUAAAUGAAUUCCCUGAAAUGCCCCUUUUGCUGGACUGUGAGAUGAAGGAGGCCGACCGAUUGUCAGCCCUAGAGAAGGAGAACGGGGAACGGCGGAGGAUGCAGCUUGCGUCGGGACUGAAGAGUAUGGAAGCACAGCUGAAGGACGCCAACCUUGACGGGCAGCCAGAACGGCGGCCCAGCCACGCAGAAGACGGGAACACAGCUGUUCAAGAACACAAACCAAGGAUUUUGGCACACCAAAAGACCGAAACGGAGGAAGGCCAGGCUCCAAAGCAGGAAUCGGAGACCUCCGUAGCUGAAAUGAAGGCUGCCUUGUCCAGAGCUCAGGCUCGCCUGCGGCAGUCUGAGCAGACGCGGGAGGCCGAAUCAAGACACACGUCGAGUCUCGCGGAGAAGCUGAGGAGCAUCCAAAGAGCGUACGGAGAAGCCCAGGAGGAAUGUGAGCGGUGGCACUCGGAGUCGACGCGCCUGGUGGAAGAGAUCCAGGCUCUGGAGCGAGAGAAGGAGACGUUAAAAGCCGGAUCGCGGGUUCUGCAAGAGGCAGCCACCCAAGCUGAGGUCGACUCGAAACGGGCGCAGCAAAGUCUUCAGAAGGAACGUCUUCGAAGCGCCCAGCUCGCCCAGAAACUCCACGGAAAGGAGGAAGAGCUGGGCGAAGCUCAGCAGGCGCUCCAGAACCUGCAACGGAGCGUGGAAUGGCACAGGGUCACCUCGGCUCAGCUGCAGGCCGAGAAAGGGGCUUUGGAAGAGGCGCUGAGUGAAGCGGAGAGCGGCCGGAGGCAAGCGGACAAGGACAGCCGGCGGCUGAAGGCCCAAACGCAGGUGCAAGAGGAAGCGCUGGCUGAGCAGGGACGCCACCUGGCCCACCUGGAGGCUGAAACGCGCCGGCAGGCCGCCGAGCUCAGCAGCCUACAAGAGGUUCUCCAAAGUCUCGGGGAGCUGGAAGAGGAGAACGCGAAGUUGAGGAAGCAACUAGAGGACAAGGAGAAAGCCAUCACCGUGCUGGAGCAGGAGCUGGCGAGAGAGAAGGCUGGGCCCUCCAAAGACAAUGCAGCUGAGUUGCGAGUCCACCCACCGAAGGAGCAGCAAAAUCCUCAGCCAGAGACGGAGAGCAGGUCAGGCUGGAGGGCCCAGCGCAGGAGGGGUUUUGCCAGGGCCCUGGGGAUGUGGGGUGGGAUGGGGCUGAGGCUCGGCCCAGGGAAACCCUACGGGGAUAUAUAUGGGUCUGGGAGAGCUUUUGUUCUGGUUUUAUGGCUUGAGGGUGAUGACGGGGUCAUUUUCCAAGCACAGGCAAGGAACAGUUCCAAAGGCCAGCCAGAGAGCGCCCCCGUCGGGCGGAUCGAGGAACUGCACCUCCCCAAGGAGAAUUCAGCGCUUACCGGACGCCUGACCCAACUGGAGUCCCUGGCCAGCAGCCUCGAGACGGUGCUGUCGGGCCUGACGCGGCAAAGGGCAGAAGGCAAGGAAGAGAGCGGGAAACCCCAGCCUCAAAACCCCGCCUCGCAGCGGUCUCUCCUGACAAGGCAGCUGUCCGAAGUCCAGCAGAGGUCGGGACGCCAUGAAGCCGAAGUUCAGACGGUCCGGCUGGAGGCGGAAGGAUGGCGGAGACGCUACGAGCAGCUCCGGCUGGAUCACGAUCGUUUGAUGCUGCUACACCGACAGCAGGCGGACGAGCUGGAGGGGACGUUAAGCGAGCAAGCCGUCCUGAAGGCAGCGCUGCGCGGCCUGGAGAAGGAACAGCGGGAACUGGAGGGCAGGCACAACCAACUGUUGGGGCAGAAGUCCAGCCUGGAGCUACAAGAGGUGGCAUUGCAGGCCCAGAAGGAACGGCUCGAGCUAGCCGAGCGACGGCACCAGGAUUUGGCUGAGCAAUACGCCAACUUAAAAGAAGAACAUGAGCGGAUCCAACAAUCCUUGGCCCAGAGCGAACGAGGCCACGAUGACCUCCAGGGUGAGCUCCAAGGAGCGCAGAACCGGCUGACCGGCCUGCAGUUGGAACAGGCAAAGCUGGAAGCGGAAAACGCCGCCUUGAAAGAGCAGAACCAGCAGCUGGACACGGCCUUGGGGCGCCUGAGCACCCAGUGCGAGCUCCUGGUCCAGUUGAAGGGCAAGCAGGAGGAAGAGAACCGGCACCUUCUCCUGGAGAUCCAGCUGCUGAGCAGGGAGAACAGGCAGCUGUUGGAGCGCAGCAUGGAAAAACGGGAGCAAUUUCAGGAGGAGCAGCGUCAGUACCAAGACAAAUUAGGCGAAUUACGUCGAGAGAAGCAAAAACUGGUCGAGAAAAUCAUGGACCAAUAUCGGGUGCUGGAACCCGCCAUGCCCCGUGGCAAGUAAGUGUGACCCACAGAACUUGGCACACGCUCGUUCGACCUGACAGGGAUAAGAAAGCAGGGUGGGUAUAUAAUGUGAUGGAUGGUCAGGUAAUUGAGUGGCUGGACUAAGGGCAGCACUGGCAGAGAAGGGGAGGGCAGUUUCCGGUUAUGGGUUAUGGAGUCUUUCUACCCCUAUCACCAGCCUCCUUUGAAUGGCUUGUGCAACU